AUGAACAGCACCUUGAGGGAUGCCCAGGCCCCCAGCCACCGUGAGUGCCUCCUGCCUUCCAUGGCCCGGACCCCCUCUGUCACCCAGGUCACGCCAGCCAAGAAGAUAACCUUCCUCAAGCGAGGGGAUCCCCGGUUUGCUGGGGUUCGCUUGGCUGUUGACCAGCGCGCUUUCAAGAGCUUUGGUGCUCUGAUGGACGAGCUCUCUCAGCGUGUACCUCUCUCCUUUGGGGUGCGUUCUGUCACCACACCCCGGGGCCUGCAUGGCCUCAAUGCCCUGGAACAGCUGGAAGAUGGUGGCUGCUACCUCUGCUCUGAUAAGAAGCCCCCCAAAACACCCAGUAGGCCAGGCUGGCCACAAGGGAGAAACCCAUCUGCUCAGCAGUUGAGAGAUUUUGAAAGUCAGCAUGAGGCACCAGGAACAUCCUCUUCCUGCAACGGUCCUAAGGCCCCAAGGAGGAUAAUGCUGGUUAAGAAUGGAGACCCUAGAAUCCAGCAGACAGUGGUUCUCAGCCAUAGAAAUACAAGGAACCUGACGGCCUUUCUCAGCAAAGCCUCAGAUCUUUUGCACUUUCCUGUGAAGCAGGUAUACACGACGAGUGGGAAAAAGGUGGACUCACUGAAGGGUCUGCUCCACAGUCCCUCAGUGUUAGUAUGUGCUGGCUACGAGUCUUUCAAACCACUGGCAAUAGAAGAUUCUAGAAGAUAUGGGACUGAAACUUUAUCUGGGCAGACUCCAAGAAACAAAACUGGAAGCUGGGGGCCAAAGGCAAAGCAGAGUGUGAUCCACUCAAGGUCCGGGUCGGGCAGCAGGCCACGGCGGUUUUCCUUGCUGUCAGAGAGGUCUGGUCUCAGCAACUUCCCGGUGUCCCUGCAUUGUGCUCAGAUGGGCCCUGCUCCUGACGGACAGCCUCAGGACAUGCCUGCCCAGCUCGGCCCAUUGGUGGCCAGUGACGAUGUUGAGAAAAAGGUCCGCAUGAACGAGGAUGGCAGCCUCUCUGUGGAGAUGAAAGUCCGCUUCCACCUACUUGGCGAGGAUGCGCUCCUGUGGUCCAGGAGGGUGGGGAGGGCCAGUGCCCUCACAGCAGCCAGUGAGGAGGUCCCUGUCCUGGGGGAAGUGGACUCCUUCCACUGUGUGUGGGAGGACCACCCUGGGGGCUCCUUGGAGCCUGGGGCACAGGGACGGGGGCCCUGUGAGGCAGGAUGUGAGGAAGCCCUUAGCCAAGGCCGGUGGCAGCCAGGAUCCAGGUAUGAGAUCUGGAUGAACCCCCUGUACUCUACCCAGGGAGAAGGGACGGCCUCUCAGAGGAGAUCCAGGCUGACCCAACACUCCCAUUCCAGGAGGCCCUGUAGCCAAGGGUUCACCAGCAGGAAAAGAAACAGCAAGGACAGUGUCAGCCCUGCCUCCAGUGACAGAGCCUCCAAAGACUCUGUGCCAAACUCCUCCUGCUGUUCCAGGUCUUCGGAGGGCAGCGUGGGCAGCUGCGACCUACAUUCAGCCUCGGGGGCUGCCUCUCAGAGGGGAGCAGGGUGGGAAGUUGGCAGCCCAUGCGGGACUAGUGAGAGCCCAGGUCCACAGGGAGCAGGGCAGGGCAGCAGGGAGCGCCAUUGCUGCCUGAAGCCUCAAACCCAAGACUCAGCAGGUGCUCUUUCUGACUCCUCAGGGAGUGCUGGGUCUCACGAGGAGUCUAGUGAAAGGGGUGAAGAGCACCAGGGCUGCCUGAACAAGACAAGGGCCGUGACUACUUCCCGGACAAAGGCCACUCAGGGGGAAGGCCCCUUGUCUUUGAGGCACAAGGACUCACAGACAGAGGAGAGUGGACAGGGUACCACACACUCCCAGGCUAAGGGUAGGUCUGGGAUAAGACCACCCUUGCCACUAGGUCAUUCUGGCUCUGGGGACACUGCAGAAGGCCAUUCUCUACCUUCUGCCUGUGUUUCAGACCCAGGUAGGAGGAGAAAGAAGGGCAGAGCCAGUGCUGUGUCCUCACCUAGCAUUUCUGGCCUCAGCCGAGGGGCUCAGCUAGGCUGCCCCAAGCAGCACCACACCCGAAGGCAUACCCACUGCCCAUGUGACUCACCUGUGCCCAGGCAGAUUCCGGGACCUCCCAGCGGAGGCAGGGCCCACCCAGAUGGCCCAGCGCCACCCCUCUCUGCAAGCUCACCCAGCGCCAGGAACCAGGCCUCCCAGGACAGGGAGCCAUCCUCCCCUGCUUCUCUUCAUUCCCAGUAUGCCCAGGAGGUCAGCAGUGCUCUCAUUACCCCUGUGAGGAAUUCUUGUUCUGCUUCCAAUUUCUACCCCCCAUACUCUCCUUCUGCUGAGACUGAAGGGGACCCUGAGUUCAGGGCAUGCUCACCAGCUCCCACACCUUCCAACAUAUCAGACUCUGUGAGCAACCAAGCUGAUGGUCUGGACAAAAAGUCAGGGGGUGGCAUUCCCAAGCCUUCCUGGCCUUUAGUUGGACAGCCUGAGGCAGGGAGGCCAGGAACCCACCGAGGCUGCUGCUGCUCAACGAUCAGCACAUCCCUGUUCCCUGGGACCCCCAGUGAUAAGACUCAUGUCCUGCAGACCUCCCAGCCACUGGACAGCCAGGGGCCUUUCUCUGAGGUCUGCUUGGUAUGCAGCAGAUACUGUCCCACUCCCCCAAGGACAUGGCCUUUUGUCAAGAAACACCUUUUGUGCAGCAGCAGCCCCGGUGCUGACUGGGGGCCAGGUGGGGGACAGCUGAGGGAGGGCAAGCUUGAUGCAUGGCGACCGCGGCCCCCUGGCUCUCAGUCAGGGGCGAUGGGGAAAGCAGUCAAAGACUCGAGAAGGGGCAGCUCCAGCUGUGGCCUCAGGUCUGGGAGAAUAUUCCAGGGGAAGGUGGCUGGUGGAGGGGAAAGCCUGGAGUGGCAAGAGAAAGAUGGCAGAAUGGCACUGGGUGCUCUGCCCCGAGCCUCACCAGAUGCUGUGGUCCGUGAAUGGCUGAGCAACAUCCCAGAGGAGCCCAUAUCCAUGAAAUGUGAGAUGGUGGGUGAGAGUACAGAUGUGACCAGGGAUGACCCAGAAGGCCCCAAGGAGGACCCUGUUGACAAACAUUCCCCAGCAUGUCUAGGGGAGCCAAUGCAGGUCAGACAACUGUCACAUGAAGGGGCCGCCAAUGAGAAAGCCGAGCCAGUGACUGGUGAAGCUUGUCCCAGGUCAGGACAGGGUCUUCCUUGUAGCGGAGUUUCCGAAGACUCCAGGGAGGCUGGGUCAGGCAAAGGCAUGGCCAUGGACUGUGGCGUGGGCCCUUGCGUGCUUCUGCACAAGGUCUCUGCCUCCGUACAAAUUAUGAAGGCACUGAUGGGCUCUAAGCGGGGCCGGCCCAGCAGCCUUCCCGAAGUGUCCAGCACAGCAGGCAGGAGGCUCAGCCGCUCUGCCCAGGCCCUUAUCACCUGUCUUUCUGGACUCCGCUUCUUUGAUGAAGACCUUGGGUCUACCACUGGCCAAGUGAGGUUCAUAGACUCUCCUCGGUACCAGGAGCUCCUGAGCACCUUCCAGGCCCUGUGGCCGGGGUGCGGCCCCAGAAGAGGUGAGCCAGACUCAGGCCUCUGGGAGCUUGGCUGGUGCCAGGCUCUGCCAGGCCUCAGGUCCAAUAUCAUGACUGAGGACUUCACUCCAACGUCCUCAUCUGGCGUGGAUGUCGGCAGUGGCUCUGGAGGCUCAGGGGAGGGCAGCGGACCCUGUGCCAUGGAGUGCGCCCUGGUCCCUGAGAGCAUAACACUGCCCUUGAAAAUCUCCUGCCAGAGGCCUGAUUCUAGAACCUCCAAGAACCAAGAGGAUCCAGGAAACCAACAGCCGAGUGGUUCCAAAGCCUUUUCCAAUUCCCAAGCAUGGGCUUGUGCCAGCAGAGAAGAUGAGGCAGAGAGAAACAGUAGGGGGCAGGUGCUGGGCAGUAACCUGGACCAAGGAGUUGAAAACACAAUGCAAGAAGAGGAGGUACAGCUAGAGAAAGUCAGAGAAGAAAAAGAAAUAACAGCACUGCAAGGAGAGGGUGUCCAGGGAUUCCCAGAAAAGGGAAGAGUCAUGGGACAAGAACUGUCAGAGGUUAACUCUCAGGAAGGGGAGGGUGCACAGGAAGGUAAGAGUAUACAGAAAGAGGAAGCAGGAAGAGACCCUGCCUCCACUAUACUUUGCCCUCCAGGGAAAAGAGAGAAACCCACAGAGCUCCCUAAGAGCUUCAGCGAGAAGGAUGAAAAUGCCAGUGGCCCCAAACUUGAGCCUGGUUUGGAGAAGUUGCCCAAAGCUGCUGACACACACCAUGUGCAAACCCAGGCCAAGUGCACCCAGGGGCCUGGAGAGACGAGCUCUUCUGCAAACCGCAGAGUGUCUCUGGACCCUGAUCCCCUCUGGGUGUCCAAGUUGCUGAGGAAGAUGGAGAAGGCCUUCAUGGCCCACCUCUCCAGCGCCACAGCUGAGCUCCGAGCCCGCUGGAGUCUACAGAGCAACCCCCUGCUGGACCAGAUGGUAGUGGAGCUGCAGCAGGACCUGGGCCGGCGGCUGCGAGAGAGCACCGAGAACGAGCUCUGGAAGAUCCAGAGCCGGGCAGGGGGGAGGACGCCGGGGCUGGCCCGGGAAGCCCUCAGGUGGGAGAUGUCCCUGCAGACCGAGCUGCGUAGGCGCCGCCUCCAGGGCCUGCGGCACCUGUCAGCCUUCUCUGGGCAGGCUGGAAGCCUGGGGCCCCUCUCCUUCCCCUCAGAGGAAGAAGCAUCCACCCUCAGCGGAGCCCUGGGGACCUGGCUGGUUGGGGAGGCUGAGGGGGAGGAGUUUUGUCCCUGUGAGGCCUGCAUGCGGAAGAAAGCGAUCCCCACGUCCCCGAAGGACACAAUGGGGGCAUCCAGGGCACCCAUCAGAAAGGCCUUCGACCUGCAGCACAUUCUGCAAAAGAAGAAAGGGGGGUGUGCUAGUGGGGAGGCCGCUGAGAAGAGAGGGAUGGAGCCCCUUCAGGGGGACCCCUUGGGGACAGGGACUGUCCACGGGUCCGAUGGAGGCCUGGAGCUGGGGUUAGACCAGGACCCUGGGACAGAGGAGGGGGGUGAGGGUGAGAGCAGCCAGACCCUUGGCCGAGAUGGAGACCCCCCAGGGGGAGAGGAGGAAGCAGCUGUUCAGGAGAGAGAAGAAAGCACAGGUGCCGGGCAAGGCAAUGGCCCAGAGGGAGCAGGUGGGGAGGAGCAGGGCUCUGGUGGGAAGGGAGAAAACAUGGAAGAGGGCUCUGGGGCGGACGCCAGUUUGGAAGGUGAAGCCUCGGGAGGAGGUGACCCAAGUCCAAGAGGACAGAACAAUGGUGUCAAAACUGCAGAGACCCGGGAAGCUGAAGGAGAGGGGCAGCCAGAGUCAGGGGGAGGAAACCAAAGGGAGAAAGAAGGUAGCCUGCAGGUCGGCUGGGGAGACGGUCAGCCAGGUGAGACUUCUGGAAACAGCAGCCCAGAUCAAGAGGGGAAGACGGCACUGCCCCCUACCCCAGGUGGACACAGCCCUUGCCAAAGGUCAGGCUGGAAAGCAGGCCUUGCCUCCUCCAGCAUAUCAUCUCUGGGAAACUGUUCUCAGCUCUCUCAGAAAGGCUCUGAAGAAAAGCCUUUGAAUGGCGACAUGAGGAACAUUAAAGAGAAGCCCAAGGGAGUACCUGGUCCAAAGAGAAAAAUCACAGGCAUGAAUCUGGAAAGCUCCACUUCUGAGCAAGAAGGGGCGCCCUUGGGCCCAAGGUCUUCAGAGCAGGAGGCAGGUGAGGCUUCUGGCCUAGAAGCUGAGAAGGUAGUUAAAACUCUUGCUUUUACAGAAACGAGGUUUAAAAACCUCACCCUGGACAGGACAGAUGGCUUUGGCCAAGAUGACUUAGAUUUCUAG